AUGAAUCAAAAAGAUAAGAGGUCAAGGAUGCAAGCUGAUCUUUCAUAUUACUCUCACACUGUUGAGUGCAAUUUUUUAAUUGCUCGAAUGAAACUUUGCUAUAAUGAUCAUCCUUUUAGAAAAUUCUUUGGUUACUGUGACAAAGAAGAAAACGACGUUGCUUCAUGCUGUCAUGAGGAACGACUUCUCAAAAGGAAAAACAACCCUCGAUAUUCCCGAAGAAUGACGGAAAGUCGUUGCUUGCCAGAAAGUUCUUAUACUUCUACUCUUAAAAAGCUGAAAGAGGAAGGUAUUCUGGUUAUUAGACCGGAAGUUAGUAAAAAUUCCGAUAUAAUGGAAAGAAACAGGGGAUCAAGUGAUAAAGAUUUGCUUGUAGUGGCUUCGAAGUCAGAUAAGAAAACACGAUUUCUAUCAAAUUAA